CCGACCCGCAGAAGAAGACUCCGACGGGGGGAGACAAGAGGAAGAAAAUGACAGGGCGCGCAAAAAGAAAACCCAAAUCCAGUCAGGAGUCAGGUACUGGCAAUGGGGAGUUGAAGAAAGCCCGUCCCGAUGAAUCCAAAGCCGCGCCGUCGUCGGGGGUGCAUUCGCAGCAACGAGAUGAGAUGCUGCAACUGUACAAGCUCCAAGCGCCAGAAGAUCUGUACCACUUCUGGGACUUCUGCAAGGAGCUCAGUCCUGGCAGCCCACGCGUUGCUCUGAAAGACACACUGGGUUUGCAGCUGGUUGGUCCCUUUGAUGUCCUGGCAGGAGCCCACAAAAGCGCCAGCAAUCCUCAGCCCAACUUCCACCUCCACUGGCGGUAUUUAUACGACCCGCCGGAGUUUCAGACCGUCCUUCUGGGCAGCGGAGACGGUCAGCAUCACGUCGGCUACUACAGGGACGCGCCGGACUCCCUCCCUUCGUUCGUUGGGGAAAAUGAAGCCAAGAAAGGCUGCGCCAUCUCGCCGAUGGGAGACAACGUGUUCGCUGCUGCCCUCCUGUGUCUGUUGAGGAGGAGGAAAGAGAGGGGCAGCAAGAAAGCAGGGGGAGAGGCCUUGGACAGCUUGGAGGCCCAGCUGAGAGACCGGGCGGAGUCUCUGGGCUUGUCCCUGGAGCAGAAGACCAAAGCCAUGAAGCAGAGGGACAAGAAGGUGGUCACCAAGACGUUCCACGGUGCCGGCAUCGUUGUCCCUGUAGACAAGAACGACGUUGGAUACAGAGAACUACCAGAAACGGAUGCCGGCCUCAAGAAGAUCCUCAAGGCGAUCGCUGAGGCCCGGAACGACGACGAGCGCGUCAAGGCCUUUGGACCUCUCCAGGAGAUGGUCACAUUUGUUCAGUUCGCCAACGACGAGUGUGACUACGGCAUGGGAUACGAACUAGGGAUGGACCUCUUCUGUUUCGGAUCCCAUUAUUUCCACAAGGUCAUCAGGCAGCUUCUGCCCAUGGCCUACAGCCUCCUGAAACGGAGUCUGUUUGGGGAGAUUCUGGAGGCCCACCUCUCCAGCCGCAGCAACGACAACCUGGACCAACUCUCGGCACAUUGAAAAAAGAAAAACGACAACAACAAAAGACUCGACUACACUCCAGCUCUAACUCUCAUAAGCUUUUCCCCACCACGUCUGUCUGUCUGUGUUCAUGUUUCUUGGUGGUUUUGGUGCUGCUGUCAUUGAUUGGAACCAGUUCAAUGGUGAUAUUGUUUGUAAAAGGUAGAUGUCUAAUAAAGUAUUUUUAUAUAUU